GAAGGAUCUUCUCAAAACCUCUCCAACUCCUUCCCUCCUUGGCUCCCUCCCUUCCUCUCUGACGCGACCACCCUUCUUUGAUAGAUUACGCCCUGCCUCGUUGACCAAUCUUCACAAUGGCUCCGGAAGAACCGAUGGAAACCCAACUGCCGACCGGCACUGAAAAAGUGCUAGACUCACCGGCUCCGCCGAUGCCACACGAGGCUCCCGACGCCGAUGCUCAGGCAGGUGUGCAGAGCAUCGAGGCCACGGCCAUGGCUUGGGACAGGACGAAUCUCAUCAUCGCAUACGUGAUGCUCUGGUUCAUCUAUUUCGUCGCGACGACCCUCAGCGGCGUCAACGGCUCGCUGUUACCGUUUGUGACAUCGUCGUUCGCGCUGCACUCCCUCACUCCCACGGUCACCAUCCUAAGCAGUGUUAUCGGAGGCGUCACCAACCUGACCAUCGCCAAAAUUCUCGAUGUCUUUGGCCGUCCCCAGGGAUAUCUAUUAUGUGUUGCCCUCGACAUUAUUGGCCUGGUCAUGAUGGCUGCCUGCAAUACAGUCGAGACUUACGCCGCUGCAAUGGUCUUUUAUACAGUCGGCAAUAACGGUCUUCAGUACUUUCUAUCUGUCUUCGUUGCAGACACCUCUAAACUCAAGAAUCGAGGUCUGAUGCAGGCCCUCGUCAACUCCGGGGUUUUCAUCACUACUUGGUUGGCUGGCCCUAUCUCUCAGGGAUUUCUCGACGGACCUGGCUGGCGUUGGUGCUAUGGAAUGUUCACCAUCCUUGUCCCUGUCAUAACACUCCCGCUGCUUUUCUUAUUACUGAGGAAUUAUUCCAAAGCCAAAAAAAUGGGAAUUGUUCCAAAACACGAGAGUGGACGGACUAAGAUUCAGUCUAUCGUUUACUACUUCAUUCAGUUCGACGCCAUAGGGCUCCUACUCUGUUCCGCCGGCGUGGCUCUGUUUCUUCUACCCUUCAAUCUUUACACCAUUCAAUCCAAGGGCUGGGGGUCGGCCUUGGUUAUCAGUAUGUUGGCCGUCGGCGUGGCCCUCCUCAUCGCCUUUGUUCUAUGGGAGAGGUUUUUUGCGACCUUCACAUUUAUCCCAUACUCACUUCUUCUGGACCGGACCGUUUUAGGCGCAUGUCUACUUACCGCCGCUCUCUUCUGCACCUAUUCUUUGUGGUCCAGCUAUCUUGGGUCAUUUCUGAUGGUGGUGAAAGAUCAAGAUGUCACACACGCUAGCUAUGUCAAUCAAACAAUCACCAUUGUUGGCAUUGUUAUAGCUAUACUGGCCGGCUACUUUAUCCACCGAACUGGCCACUUCAAGUCUAUAUCCCUUUUUGUUGCCCUUCCAUUCCUGAUCCUAGGCCAGGGUUUGUUGAUCUACUUCCGUCAGCCGGAUGGCCAGGUUGGCUACAUCGUCAUGUGCCUAGUCUUUAUUGCCGUCGGCCAGGGUAUCGUGGAGAUUACCGAUGAGAUUGCCAUGUUGGCAGCUGCUUCGCAUGAAUUUGUCGCCGUUUGUCUUGCUGUCCUAGGUAUAUUCAGCAGCAUUGGAGGCGCGAUCGGGUCUACCGUCGCAGCAGCGAUCUGGCAGAACAUGCUUCCGAAGAGACUGGCGGCGUACCUCCCUGCCGACCAACUCCAGGAUCUGACCGUCAUCUACGGCUCUAUCGACACGCAGUUGAGCUAUCCCGUGGGCUCUCCCACCCGCCUCGCCAUCCAGCACGCGUACAGCGAUACGCAGGAAGUUUUGGUGGCUACCAGUGUGGGUCUGUGGGUGAUCGGGCUUCUUGGCAUCCUCAUGUGGAGAAACAUCGAUACAAGGAAUGUCAAGCAGGUCAAGGGUCAUGUAUGGUGAGAGCAUCGAAAGAAUAUGUAGGUGGCUUUUCCUUGGAUACGUAGGAUGAGGCAAGAGGGCUACUCUGCCGCCAUGUCAACCGUCUGAUAAGUCAUUCAACAAGUUGCCACGGCUCGAGGUAUGUAUGGGGACAUCGAUGGGAAGUGGACAUUGAGAAGCAGUGACAUUAAAGAAUCAUGCUGGUCGGAUGACAUGGAUUUCUUGGCCUGGAAAUCAGCAUGAUCACUCUCAUCUCUCAGGUCCUAACGACUCCUGGUGACUCGCUGGGCGCGAAUAAUGAUCCCUCUUCCACGCUCACCGGAACGCUCGUUGCAUUUCAACCAUCAUGUGUGAUAUUGUUUGUUGGUCCAAUGUUCCCUCCUUAUCUAUCGACAGAGACCUUGACAAAAGAAAGAUCUUCAUGGUGCCAAAUCUAGCGGCGUCACAGCACGCACUUGGCUCAGGCUAUGAUUGCAGUUGGGCGACCUGAAAAACUGGCAGAUUGCCGAAAAGUAUUCCCUGUACUACCUGUGAACCAUCCAUACGCGCAUCGCCAAUCGUCAUCGUUUUGGCACAACUAUUGCACCUCGCAAUGGCGGCGGACGUUGACCUUUAUGCCUUCAUGGCACUCCAUCCAUGGUAGAGAUAACCACAACCCCGUGGACUUCUCGAUAAGCAGCAAGAUCUAUAGCUCGAUGAGACGACUGAUUUCCUUUGGCCUGAGUACGAGUGUCUGGUUUCGCUCCCAACUUGUAAGCACGACUUUGAAGUCGAGUGGUUUGUCCAAGCAAAUCCCGCAGCGGGAGAGCAGGCAAGCAAUGGCCUUGCAAUGAUUUUAGAGACGCCCUCCAGAUAAGUUAUCCUCUCUGGAUUCAGACAAGUUGUCAGGCGGUACGUAAUCUUCUAGGUAAUAGAAUAGCCAGGGGUCCAAUAUGAUGUAUUGUCGAGUCUGACC